UCCUCUAGCCCAGAAGACAAAUAUCAGUGAGAACUGACAUCAUGGCCACCGGGGAUCUGGCAGUAAGAGUGACCUUCUCAAUACAGACUGUGGUUGGAAUCCUGGGGAACUUCUCUCUUCUUUACCAUUAUCUCCUUCUUCGUUUCACUGGGUAUAGGCCAAGGUCCACAGAUUUGAUUAUCAAAAAUCUGAUUGUAGCCAACAUUUUGGUCCUGUUCUCUGUUGGAAUAUACAAUACACUGUCAUCUUUUGGGUGGUAUCACAUCUUCAAUGAUUUUGGAUGCAAAUUUUUUCCCUAUGUUCGUAGGGUGGGCAGGGGAGUGUCCACUGGCACCACCUGCCUCCUGAGUGUCUUCCAGGCCAUCGCCAUAAGCCCCAGGAACUCCAGGUGGGCAGCGCUUAAAGGGAAAGCUCUCAAGUGCAUUGUCCCUUCAAUUGUCUUGUGCUGGGUCUUGCAGGUACUGGUGAAUAUCAUUUAUCCUAUGUUUCUGACUAGCACUUUGAACAACAAAAACAUCACAAACAGAGAAAGUUUCGGACGCUGUUCAACUAUUUUUCAAGACAAAACGAGAGACCCAUUAUAUGUAGCAUUGUUGUCAUUCCCUGAUAUGGUAUUUUUGGUGCUCAUGCUCUGGGCCAGCAGCUCCAUAGUCUUCAUCCUGUACAGGCACAAGCAGAGGGUCCAACACAUUCUUAGGACCAACGUCUCCUCCACAUCAUCACCUGAGUCUACAGCCACCAAAACCAUCCUUCUUCUGGUGAGCACCUUUGUCUAUUUUAACACUCUCUCCUCUAUCUUUCAUAUUGUUUUGGGUCUUCUUGAUAAUCUCAGCUGGUACAUUUUGAGCACCAAUUUAGUGUUCUCUCUGUGUUUCCCAACCAUCAGCCCCUUUUUGCUCAUGAGCCGUGACCCCAGGGUAUCCAUGGUCUGCUUUGCCUGGAUAAGGAAUAUAAAAUCCCCUCAUCCUAUGAGAAACAUGUAA